AUGCCGCUGCGGCUGCAGACCCCCGCCCCGGCCCCGGCCCCGGCCCCCGGGGGUCUCCUGCGCUGGGACGAGGUCCCCCCGGACUUCGUGGAGUGCUUCAUCCUGUCCGGCUACCGCCGGCGCCCCGACUCCCUGCGCCAGUGCCUGGCCACCCUGCUGCAGCCCACCAACGAGACCCUCAACUUCUGGACGCACUUCGUCCCGCUGCUGCUCUUCCUGGCCCGCUUCGCCCGGCUGCUGCUGCUGGGGGGCGGGGGCCGUCCGGGGCAGCCCCCUCCCCGGGCCCUGGCCCCGGCCCUGCUGCCCCUCUGGUGCUACGCGUCCGGCGUGUUGCUGACCCUGGCCGUGAGCUGCGCCGCCCACCUGUGCAGCUGCUUGGCCCCCCGCCGCCGGGCCGCCCUCUUCUACCUGGACUACGCCUCCAUCAGCUACUACGGCUUCGCGUCCACCUUGGCCUACCACCACUACCUGCUGCCGGGCCUCCGCCUGCUGGACGCGGCCGCGCUGGACCCUCUGGUCCAAGCCAGGCUGGGCUGGAGGGUGGACUGCGCCCGCCUGCUGGCCGCCUACCGCGCCCUGGUCCUGCCCGUGGGCUUCGCGCUGGCCGUGGCCUGCACCGUGGCCUGCUGCCGGAGCCGCUCGGCCCGCUGCGCCCACCCCUUCGCCCUGCGCACCUUCGUCUUCGCCCUGCCGCUCAGCAUGGCCUGCCCCAUCGCCCUGGAGGGCCUGCUCUUCGACCUCAGGCUCCGGGACCCCGCUCUGCUGGCGCGCUUCGUCCGCCGCUACCUCUGGCUGGGCCUGGCGGCCUUCUUCAACGUCAGCAAGCUCCCCGAGCGCGCCUGGCCCGGGCGCUUCGACAUCGUGGGUCAUAGCCACCAGCUCUUCCACGUCUUCACGGCCCUGGGCAUCUACGAGCAGGUGUGCUACGUGGAGGACGCUCUGGGACGCUCCCUGGACACCGCCGCGCCCACGCUGCCCGGCACCGUGGGCUACAUGGCCCUGCUGGCGCUCUGCCUCGGGCUCGUGGUGCGACGCUUCCUCGCCGGCUCGGACCCGGUGGCCAAGCGGGACUGACCACCCUCCCGGCCACCCCCCGGACGGUCCUCCCGCCCCCGACCCCAGGCCCGCAGACCGUCCCGCCCUCGCUGGGGCCGCCCGACCCUCCCCCGGCCCUGCCCAGACAUCCCUGGCCGGGGCGCAGGGGUAGCUGGAAGGUGGGAAGGGGGUCGCUCACCCUGCGGAUCCCCCGAGGGACUGACGGGCGUGGACGUCGGCGCGGAUCCGUGGGCAUCGCGUGGGCAUGACAGCCCCCACGUGGUGGGAAUUCCCCGACAGUGGACACCUGGCUUUGCUUUUUUUCCCCCAAUUUGGUGGCUUUAGAGGCCUCCGCCCCACCACAUACACCGGAACUGGAUUGUGAGUGCAAACGGAUCCCCAGCUGCCUGCCUGUCUGUCUAAACAAUGUUUCCUUUCCACUGUG